UAACUAACAGUCACAAAGAAAGAACGAAUUUUGCUUAAAUAAUAUAAAAAUUAAACUACAAUAACUCGAAAAACUUUGUUACAAACAAUCUUCCGUUUAAAUAAUUAAGAAUUUAUUAACAAUUUUUAAUAUAUUUUGGAUGUUUUUACUACAAUGAAACGUUGCUCGGAAGAAGCUUAUCGCAAAUCACAGCCCAGCCAUCUCAGCUCUAGCAGUGGAGUCAGCAAUGUCAAAAGACCAUGUUCAAAACAAAAAUUCGUUUACAAUCGACCCAAACCCGAUACACUAGAAAGUAUAUUACGUUCGAAGGCGAAUCCCGAAUACAAUUCACGACGUCUCUGGUAUGAAUUGAAUAUGCCAGAAUGUACAAGUGAAAUAUUAGAUGGAAGAAUGCUAUCAACCAGCAUACCUGACAGGCUGCUAUGUCAUACCAAAGAAAUGCGUUGUAAACGUAGGAUACAAACUAAAAAGAAAGAAAAGCGACCUUCUUACAUGCAAAUGCGUUUGGAACGAGAAAACUUUCGCAAAAAGUUAGUCGAAUUAAUUGCCCGUAAAGACGAUGAUGAUGCUGGAGGUUCUCCCGCUACUGCCAUUGAUUUGGAAGCUGAAUUUCCCAAUAAAGAAGAAAAGGAAGUUUUACGUUAUUACUAUUACAUUAAACAUGGCAUCGAUACAAUACACGUUUCACCCAUGAGCAAAAAAGUGUUAAACAGAAUUAAAAGUCAAAUACCAGCUGUUUUAAAUAAAUGGGCCACUGCUCUUAAUGAAAAUAUCGAUGAGAUAAAAUCUGAUUAUGUGUUUGCCAUGAAGAAGGCAGUCAUUGAUUUUGUUCUACAAAACUCUUUAAUAAAUUUGAAAAAAGAUGCGCAAUUAGAAUUGACGGCAGAACGGAAGGAGGCGAAUAGAAUGUUUAAUAGAUGGCGUUAUCGGUUUGAUGAAAAUCGUUGUCGUCUUAAGAAAACUCUCUUCUGUAUACAUCGUUCGGUCGCCAGCAUUUUAGAACUGUGGAAUACCAAAUAUAAGGAACUUACUUUGGUCGAUGCUAAAGAAUUGUCUAAAAUGGAAACACCUUUUGAAAUAUUUGAAUUUGCGUAUACAGUGGGCAAACACAUUGAGACUACCAAAGGUCUUUUGGAAAAACAAUGGUAUGGAGAAAUUCAUAGCAUUUUACUAAAGGCCAGUUUGAAAGGUAUUUUACCGGAUGUUCGCAAACUAAGAUUAAUACAACGUUUCUAUAAUUGUGUGGCCGCUCUAAUGACCCAACAACUGGAGGAUAUGUGCAUAAGAAGUUUGAAUACAUUUGCUGAUUUUAUAUGUGAUUAUGGAAAAACCAAUCCCGGUUUUAAAAUUUCAUUAAUGCUGGAAGAUGAAGAUGUUAUAGUUUUUAAUCCAAACUUUUCGAAAAUACAAAGUGAAAUGACACGCAUUAUCGAUUCCAUAGUCUUGGCCAUACAGAAUCUGCCACGUAUUGAGGGCAAACUUUAUACGGAUUUACGUAUUACAGAUAAAAUUUGUUUGACACCUGCCAUACCCGAAUCCAUAAUAGCCGAAACACGCAAUCGUAUUUGUGCUUUGUUGGAAGAGCAAAGAAUUGGUCCGGAGCUAAGAUUACAAGAUUUUGAUAAAUAUAUUGAUCUAAUGAAUGGCAAGGAUUCCGAAAGAAUAUCACGUUUUAUGCAAGGUGAUCCACCAUUUGAGGCAUUUUGUGAUAUGGUCUAUCAAUAUCGAGAUAAGGAAAAUCAAAUAGCUAAAGAUGUUUGGGGUGUUAUACGCAUGGGUCUCUAUGAGUUUCAUCGUGAGAAAUUCAUUUCCAAUUUAGAAACUUUUGGACGUUAUAUGCAAGAACAAUUACUAACACGCAUGGUUAAUGAUCAGCAGGCCAAGAUCUCUAAAUUGGGUAAGGAAUAUGAAUCUAUAGCCAAGAAAGCUUUAACUAUACCCAAAGAUACAGCGGAACUAAUGAGUCUGAAAGCCUAUGUAAUAAAUACCGAAGAAAAUGUGGUGCCCGAAAUGGAGCAAAGAUUACGUGUAAAUAUGGGUCAUAUAUUAUGGCUAAUGGAUCAUACUCUUUUCUCUCCCUUGCAAAUUAAAAAUAAUAGCAACACCUUUCAAUGGUACUUAAAGCUGCCCUCCAUAUUUGAAGAACAUCGCCUAAUAAUAGCCGAUAAAACUAUUGAAUAUCAAGAGUUACUUAAGAAACGCAUAGAAGCUUUUCGCCGAGAAUUACAAACUUAUUACGAUCAAGUGCAAACCUAUGAUGAAUGGGGUGAUAUAAAACAAUUAUCGAAAUAUAAACGUAAGGCUCAACUGUUAGAUAAUCGUUUGGUUACUGCCAUGGAUACUAUAGAUCGUAUAAAUGAAGAGGAGACUUCCUAUGGCUGGGAACUGUCGCAGUAUAUUAUAAGGAAAAAGGCUCAUGAUCAAUUGAAACCCUAUAAAACUCUCUUCGAUGCUGGUCAAGAAUUUAUGGAUAAAUAUGAUUUAUGGAUGAACUCACAAGUGGGUAGUUUUGAUCCCGAUGAGAUAGAUAAUGAUGUGGCGAAUAUAUAUCGUAUAAUACAAAAAUUGGAGAAGCAAAUGGGUGAUCAUCCCACUACCAUGAUAUUGAUAAAAGAUAUUAAAGAUCAAAUUGAAGCCUUCCGUGAGCAUAUGCCUACCAUUAGCACUUUAGGCAAUCCUGGCAUGAAGGCUCGCCAUUGGGAAUUAGUUUCGGAAAUUAUUGGUUUUCCCAUUAAAGUCUCACCAGAUCUAACUUUAGCUCGUAUUAUCGAAUAUGGUUUAGAGGAUUAUGUUCCCAAAUUUGAGGCCAUUUCGGAGAGUGCUACGAAAGAAAAUAAUUUAGAAAGAGCUAUGUCGAAAAUGGUAUUGGAAUGGGAGGAUAUAUCGUUUUCUGUGUCGCCCUAUAGGGAUUCUGGAACAUAUAAAUUGGCUGCUGUUGAUGAUAUACAGAUACUUUUGGAUGAUCAAAUUAUUAAGACGCAAACUAUGAAAAGUUCUCCUUAUAUUAAACCGUUCGAAAAAGAUAUAUUAAAAUGGGAAGCCAAAUUAAUACUCUUACAAGACAUAUUGGAUGACUGGUUGAAAGUACAGGCAACUUGGAUGUAUCUCGAACCCAUAUUCUCAAGUCCAGAUAUACAACAACAAAUGCCCGAAGAAGGUAGACGUUUCAGUGCAGUAGAUAAGAUUUGGAAAGAAUUAAUGAAGCAAGUCAAUAGUGAUUCCAGGGUAAUGACAGUGGUGGAAAUAAAUAAAAUGUCUGAAAAUCUGAAAAAGGCCUAUAAUCUUUUAGAGAUAAUACAAAAAGGCUUAAAUGCGUAUCUCGAAAAGAAACGUUUAUAUUUUCCACGAUUCUUCUUCCUUUCCAACGAUGAGCUGUUGGAAAUUCUUUCCGAAACUAAAGAUCCGACUCGCGUACAACCUCAUUUGAAGAAAUGCUUUGAGGGUAUUGCUACUUUAAAAUUCACUGAGGAAUUAGAGGUAACAGUUAUGCGUUCCUCGGAACGUGAAGAGGUGGAAUUGGUUGAUAUUAUAUCCACCGCUAAAGCCAGAGGUCAAGUGGAGAAAUGGUUGCUGGAAUUGGAAAUUGAUAUGAAGAAGAGUAUCCAUAAGAAAAUGAGUGAAGCCUUUUACAGUUAUCCUCAAAGUGUAAGACAUGAAUGGGUUUUAGUAUGGCCGGGACAAUGUGUACAAUCGAUUUCCUUAACCUAUUGGACUUUAUAUAUUACGGAGAGUUUUAUGUCCGAUAACCCUAAGAAAAGUUUACAAAACUAUUUACAAAAAAAUAUUGAGCAGAUAGGUAAAAUUGUUGAUUUGGUAAGAGGAGAUUUAAGUGGUCAAAAUCGUAUUACUUUGGGAGCCUUGGUGGUAUUGGAUGUACAUGCCCGGGAUGUUUUGGCGGAGAUAGUGGAGAAGCAAGUAUCGGAGUUAAAUGAUUUUCAGUGGUUGUGCCAGCUGCGUUACUAUUGGGAGGAAAAUAAUUUGGAUACUCGCAUGAUUAACUGUUCUUUGAAAUAUGGCUAUGAGUACUUAGGCAACACCACACGCUUGGUGGUCACUCCUCUUACCGAUCGUUGCUACCGCACUUUGUUUAGUGCUUUACAUUUGCAUUUAGGUGGUGCUCCUGAGGGUCCGGCUGGCACGGGUAAAACAGAAACUACCAAAGAUUUAGCCAAGGCAGUGGCCAAACAAUGCGUGGUUUUCAAUUGCUCAGAUGGUCUAGAUUAUCUGGCUUUGGGUAAAUUCUUUAAAGGUUUAGCUUCUUGUGGUGCCUGGUCUUGUUUCGAUGAAUUUAAUCGCAUAGAUUUGGAGGUAUUAUCGGUAGUGGCUCAACAAAUUUUAACCAUACAACGUGGUAUAAAUUCUGGCAGUCCUACCUUGGUGUUCGAAGGUACAACUUUGACUUUGGAUCCCACCUGUGCGGUAUUCAUAACUAUGAAUCCCGGCUAUGCUGGCAGAUCGGAAUUACCCGAUAAUUUGAAGGCCUUAUUCCGUUCGGUAGCCAUGAUGGUGCCCGAUUAUGCUCUUAUCUCGGAAAUUGAAUUAUAUUCCUGUGGUUUCUUAAGCGCUAAACCUCUAUCCGUUAAAAUUGUGGCCACUUAUCGUUUGUGUUCCGAACAGUUGAGCACCCAGUGUCAUUAUGAUUAUGGCAUGCGUGCUGUUAAAUCGGUACUUAAAGCGGCUGGCGCCUUAAAACUACGCUACCGGGAUGAAAAUGAAGAUAUUCUAGUACUACGCUCUAUUAAAGAUGUUAAUUUGCCGAAAUUUCUUAGUCAAGAUGUUCCCCUCUUUCAUGGCAUUACCUCAGAUUUGUUUCCGGGUACUGUUUUGCCAGAGUCAGAUUAUGUGGUGUUAAAUGAAUGUUGUCAGCUGGCUUGUGAGAAGAAUAAUAAACAAUGCACCGAUUUCUUUGGAGAAGUUCAACAGUUGUAUGAAAUGAUAGUGGUAAGACAUGGUUUUAAUGCUGGUGGGUUACCUUUUGGCGGCAAGACAACCUGUUACAGAAUACUGGCCGAAACUUUAGAGUGUAUGGAAAAGAGGAAUGCCGGUGAAAAUCGAGCCAUUUUCACGGUUAUUAAUCCCAAAGCCAUUACAAUGGGUCAACUUUAUGGGCAAUUCGAUAUGGUUUCACAUGAAUGGAGUGAUGGCGUUUUGGCGGUAAGCUAUAGACAAUUUGCCGUCUCUGAUACACCAGAUCGUAAAUGGUUGAUUUUUGAUGGUCCUGUGGAUGCUAUAUGGAUUGAAAACAUGAAUACGGUAUUAGAUGACAACAAGAAACUAUGUCUAAUGUCUGGUGAAAUUAUACAACUAUCACCCACAACGAAUUUAAUAUUUGAACCCAUGGAUUUGGAGGUAGCUUCCCCAGCAACCGUGUCACGAUGUGGCAUGAUUUAUUUAGAGCCCACCUCAUUGGGUUGGGAACCUUUAGUUACUUCUUGGAAAAAUAAAUUACCAGCUAGUUUUCAUGCCGUAGCUAAGCAGUUAAUAACUUCCCUGGUCAAUCGUUUUUGUCCCAUACUCCUGUUUAUAGUGAGAAAAGCAAAUCUCUUUGAAAUUGCCCCCACCUCAGAUGCCAAUUUGAUGACAUCACUAAUGAAUAUAUUCGAUUGCUUCCUGGAUGAUUUUAAGGAUGAGAAAUAUGUACAGAAUAUAUCGGAUUUAGAUAUGAGAGCUCAGAUCGAGGGUGUAUUUUUAUUUUCCUGCAUAUGGUCUAUUGGUGGUUCUUUGGAUGCGAAUAGCAGGGAUAAAUUUAAUCUAGUAUUUCGUGCUUUAAUGGAAAAAAAUUUCCCCGAGAAUCUUUAUGAAGAUUUCGGUAUACCAGAAGAGUUGCAUGUACCCGUUUUAGCAAAACCCUUUAUAUUUCCCAUACCCAAACAGGGUUCAGUCUUCGAUUAUAGAUUUAUUAAAGAAGGCAAAGGAAAAUGGCGAGCUUGGCAGGAUGAUGUCACUGCUGCGGCUCCUAUACCACGAGAUAUACCAGUUAAUCAAAUCAUUAUUACCACCAAUGAAAAUGUACGCAUGACUAUGCUUUUGGAUCUAUUGGUAAGACAUUCGAAACCGGUUAUGUUUGUGGGUCCUACGGGAACAGGCAAGAGUUGCUAUAUUAUCGACUAUAUGCUCAAGAAAAUGGAUUUGAAUGUCUACAAACCUUUACUCAUAAAUUUCUCGGCUCAAACUUCAGCAAAUCAGACACAAGAUAUUGUUAUGUCUAAAUUGGAUAAAAGACGUAAGGGUGUUUUUGGACCUCCAUUAAAUAAAAAGUUCGUUAUAUUUGUGGAUGAUGUAUCCAUGCCUCUGAAGGAGAACUAUGGAGCCCAACCUCCUAUAGAACUAUUGCGCAUGAUGUUGGAUCAUUGGAUGUGGUAUGAUCGUAAAUCUAUAUUACCCAUGAAAUUAAUCGAUCUGCAAAUGAUUUGUGCCAUGGGCCCGCCCUCAACGGGUAAUACUGUAACGCCUCGCUUCCAGCGACACUUUAACGUCUUGUCCAUUGAUGAAUUUAAUGAUGACAUCUUAAAGACCAUUUUUAGUAAAAUUGUUUUAUGGCAUCUGGACACCAGAGGUUUUUCAAAAGAAUUCGAUCCUUGUAUUGAUGAAAUUGUUGAUGCUACUUUGAAAAUCUAUAAUAAAGCUAAACUCAAUCUCUUACCCACACCAGCCAAGUCACAUUAUCUCUUCAAUUUACGAGAUUUUGCAAGAGUUAUACAAGGUGUUUUACUAUCGGUACCCGAAGCCACUGAAGAUAUGAAUUCCAUGAGACGUCUCUGGGUUCAUGAAGUACAACGAGUCUAUGGUGAUCGUUUGGUAGAGGAUGCCGAUCGUUCCUGGUUAUUCCAGGCUUUGUGCGAACAAAUGCAAGAAAGUUUUACCACACCACCCGAAGUGCUAUUCGAACGUUUGGUGCAAAAAGGCCAAAAACUAACAGAAGCCGAUUUUAGACGUUUAAUCUAUUGUGAUUUUACCAACCCGAAAGCGGAUACCAAGAAUUAUGUCGAAGUUCAAGAUCUGGAGGAGUUGCGUAAUGUGGUGGAGGCCUAUUUGGUGGAGUAUAAUAAUAUGUCAAAGAAACCCAUGAACUUGGUACUCUUUCGUUUUGCCGUGGAACAUUUAUCGAGAAUCUGUCGCAUUAUAAAGCAGCCACGUAGUCAUGCUCUACUGAUUGGGGUCGGUGGCUCCGGACGUCAGAGCUUAACACGUUUGGCUUCGCAUAUAUGUGAUUAUGAGUUGUUUCAAGUGGAAAUAUCUCGAUUAUAUGGACCGAAUGAAUGGCAUGAAGAUAUCAAGGUUAUAUUGCGUAAAAUUAGUUCCUCUGAAAUGCAUGGAGUAUUUUUAUUUACCGAUGUUCAGAUCAAAGAUGAAUCAUUUUUAGAGGAUAUAAAUAACUUACUUAACUCCGGCGAAGUACCCAAUUUGUUUUCGAAUGAAGAGAAGGUGGAAGUAGUGGAGAAAAUGGCUCAAAUUGAUAAACAACGCGAUAAGGCUGUACAAACCGAUGGCAGUCCAGUGGCUUUAUUUAAUUUCUUUGUGACAACCUGCAAAGAUCAAUUACACAUAGUCCUGGCCAUGUCUCCCAUUGGCGAAGCUUUACGUGUACGCAUACGUAAAUUUCCUUCCAUUGUUAAUUGCUGUACCAUCGAUUGGUUUCAGGCUUGGCCUGAAGAUGCUCUUUUAGCAGUGUCCACACGAUUUUUAGCUCAAGAAGAUUUAACCGAUUUGGAGCGUAAGGCAUCUAUUGAUAUGUGCAUGGAGUUUCAUACUUCAACACAAUUAUUAUCGGAGGCAUUCUAUUUGAGAUUGAAAAGACAUAAUUAUGUUACGCCUACUUCUUAUUUGGAACUGAUACAGACCUUUAAGACGUUGCUGAAUAAAAAGCGGACUUCCAUUAUGACCAAUAAAAACCGUUAUCUUACCGGUAUCUCCCAACUGGACAUAGCAGCGCAACAAGUAGGCGUUAUGCAAGAACAAUUAGUUGCUCUGGAGCCUAAAUUAAAAGCAGCUUCCGAAACUGUGGCCAUACAAGUAGCCAAGGUAACAGAGGAUAGUAAAGCGGCCGAAGAACAACGUGAAAUGGUACAGAAGGAUGAAACCCUAGCCACAGAGCAGGCCAAAGUAGCACAAGCCAUUAAAGAUGAGUGUGAUGCUAAAUUGGGUGAAGCUUUGCCCAUAUUAAAUGACGCUUUAGCUGCCUUAAAUACCCUAACCACGGCCGAUAUAGCGGUAGUUAAAACCAUGAAAAGUCCCCCUAUAGGAGUGCGUAUUGUUAUGGAGGCAGUGUGUAUUUUGAAAGAAGUAAAACCGGAACGUAUAGCCAAUCCCAGUGGUGUGGGUAUGAUAGAAGACUAUUGGGGUCCUUCGAAGCGGGUGUUAAGUGAUAUAAAAUUUUUGGAUAGUUUGUUAAACUUCGAUAAGGAUAAUAUACCACCGGCGGUAAUAAAGAAGUUACAAGAACGUGUCUUAAGUAAUGAAGCUUUUGAUCCCGAUAAAAUACGUUCUGCUUCGACAGCCUGUGAGGGUUUGUGUAGAUGGGUUAUAGCUUUAACGAAAUAUGAUGUGGUGGCUAAGGUAGUGGCUCCUAAGAAGAUAGCAUUAGCUGAGGCUCAGGCCACUUAUAAUGCGGCCCAAAAAACUUUAAAUGAAAAAUUGGCUCAAUUGGCGCGUGUAGAGGCAAAUUUAGCAGCUAUACAAAAAGUUUUGGAUAAACAAUUAAAGGAAUAUGGCGUCCUACAAGCAGAACAUGAAGCUUGCACGAAAAAGUUACAAAGAGCCCAAGAAUUAAUCUCCGGUUUGGGUGGUGAACGCACCAGAUGGUCGGAAACGGCUAAACAAUUGGGACGCACCUAUAAUACUCUGACGGGAGAUGUACUGAUCUCUUCUGGAGUGGUGGCCUAUCUGGGACCCUUUACCAUAGAUUAUCGCGUUGAACAAGUACGCAAAUGGGCUGAAAAGUGUGCUUCCUUCGGUAUAGUCUGCAGUCAAGAUUUUCAAUUGGUUAAUGUUUUGGGUGAACCGGUAGAGAUACGCAAUUGGAAUAUAUGUGGUCUACCCACCGAUGCAUUUUCCAUUGAAAGUGCCAUAAUGAUGCA